AUGUGCAAUAAUGUUCCAGGUUUGGUGACCCGCCAGAGGCAGCUUUGUCAACGUUACCCUGAAAUUAUGCAUGUGAUUGGUUUGGGAGUGCGUGAGUGGACAGCAGAAUGUCAGCAUCAGUUUCGACAUCACCGAUGGAACUGCAAGACACAUGAACGAGACCAAAGCUUAUUUGGAAAAUUAAUUUUACGCAGUAGCCGAGAAUCGGCCUUUGUUUAUGCCAUCUCUUCUGCUGGAGUUGUAUUUGCUAUUACAAGGGCAUGCAGUCAAGGAGAGCUGAAGUCCUGCUCUUGCGAUCCUAAUAAAAAAGGUUCUUUUAAAGAUAUCAGAGGCAGCUUUGACUGGGGUGGCUGCAGUGAUAAUAUAGACUAUGGUAUCAAGUUUGCUAGAGCUUUUGUAGAUGCAAAAGAAAGAAAAGGAAAAGAUGCCAGAGCUUUGAUGAACCUUCACAACAACAGAGCUGGACGAAAGGCUGUCAAGAGGUUCAUGACACAAGAAUGCAAAUGCCAUGGAGUAAGUGGAUCAUGUACUUUAAGGACAUGCUGGCUAACUAUGGGGGAUUUUCGAAAAUCAGGAGAUUUCCUUCGUAAAAAAUAUAAUGGGGCUAUACAAGUUGUUAUGAAUCAAGAUGGAACAGGCUUCACAGUGGCAAAUAAGAGAUUUAAGAAGCCUACUACCAAUGAUCUUGUAUACUUUGAAAAUUCACCUGACUACUGUAUCAGAGACAGGGAUGCUGGGGAAGAAGACAGGGGGUGA